AUGCCAAGUCAUACAAACAUACACUCAAGAUUCUCAAAAGCAAAGCCACCUCUCAACUAUCAAUUCCCCACCAUUUCAAUCCUAAUCCAUCAGAAAGAACAAUGUGCAAAGCACCACUUGCCUCAGACUGCUGAAUAUAACAACUCAUCACCUUUCUAUCAAAAUCCAAGAGCAUUGGAGGAGCGAGAACCCCUGUCAUCUCGCCACAUAGCAGUCUCUGCUCUCUCUACAGGGCUUUUGGUUGAUACCAAUCUAGAUACCUCAGUCCCUGAUACUUACCGGCCACCACCUGCCCCAAUUCCUUAUGAAACACUUGUAGGACGCCCACCUGCGCCAUCAGGGAAUCAAGAAGAUCCUGGGCACAAGGUCGAUGUGGUUAGGCUAACCACACCCACUGAGUCUAUCAACACAAUUUCGGUCAGCACAUUGGAAACCAAAGUGAAGAACCUGGAGUCUGAUGAAAAGGCGCAAAUCAAUAAGGAGUUGGAAGUAACAAAAGAAGUUGAGGAUGAAAAUUCCAACGCACUCAAAAAGUCCAGCGAAGUAGUUGUUUCCCCGUUACAGGAUGAGGAAGACGUUUGUCCCACUUGUCUGGAAGAAUAUGACUCUGAAAACCCAAAAAUCAUUACCAAAUGUGAUCAUCAUUUUCACCUUGCUUGUAUUCUUGAAUGGAUGGAAAGAAGUGAUACAUGUCCUGUUUGUGAUCAGUUAAUGAUUUUCAGUCCUGCUAUUGGCGGAUAG